UUCGUGUAUCGCAUACUGUAUUAGGUCUUAUUUAUAAAAUAUAAAAUAAAAUAUAUAAUUGUUAUUACAAUGUCACCAGAAGAGAUUAUAGGAAAAUUUAAGCUAUUAGGCUUAAGUGAACAGAAAGCUAAAGAAACUACUAAAAAUAAUAAUGUUACAAAGUUCUUACUUGCCGCUCUUAAUGAGGUUGAUUUGACAAAAUUGCCUUCAGGAGCCGGGAUGUUGAUAUAUCACCUGGCCACUAAAAUUAAACCACAGAUUACCCAUAGGUUAAGCUUCGUAUGCAGUUAUAUAGUGAGUGGAAAACUCGAUUCGUCUUUACGAGUUGAUGCUGCAUUGGAAUACCUUUUAAGUAAUGUUAACGAAGAGAAAGUAGAUAUCGCAACAUUUGAAAAAUCAUGUGGGGUCGGAGUUGUAGUAACCCCUGAACAGAUCGAACAAAUUGUAGAGAAACAUAUGGCGAAACAUAAGCAAGAACUGUUGGCAAAACGAUACCGCUAUAACUCCGGUAUUAUUAUGCAGGCUGUUAGAGCGGAAUUACCAUGGGCUGAUGGGAAGGCAAUAAAGAAUGAAGUGGAUGUCCAGAUAUUGGACUUAUUGGGUCCUAAAACAGAAGCUGACCUAGCACCUCCUCCCAAAGUGGAAAAGAAAUCUAAAAUUAGUGACACAGCCAAGAAACCCAAAGAAGAGGAUAAGAAUGUUGUGGUAAAAUCACAAUCUAAUCUGGAUAUUGGAGGUGGAUCUAUUCUGGAAUUAAUGAAAAAGCUUCCAUUCCAUAGUCCGGGGGAAAAUUUUAAAUCAGAUGGAUAUGUAGUAACUCCUGACACAAGUAGAUUGCUCGAACAACAUCUUCAAAUAACUUCUGGGAAAGUGCGAACAAGGUUUCCACCAGAACCAAAUGGUAUAUUACAUAUUGGCCAUGCUAAAGCAAUAAAUAUUAACUUUGGAUAUGCUGCUGCUCACAAUGGUAUAUGUUUUCUAAGAUAUGAUGACACUAAUCCAGAAAAAGAGGAAGAGAAGUUCUUUGUUGGAAUCAAAGAUAUGGUAGAAUGGCUUGGUUACAAACCAUAUAAAAUCACCCAUUCUUCUGACUAUUUUGAUCAGUUAUAUGAGUGGGCUGUACAGUUAAUAAAAAAAGAUUUGGCUUAUGUUUGUCACCAAAAGUCUGAAGACAUCAAAGGCUUCAACCCACCACCAUCGCCAUGGAGAACUAGACCAGUUGAAGAGAGUUUGCAGCUAUUUGAAGACAUGAAAAACGGCAAAAUAGAUGAAGGUGAUGCUACAUUAAGAAUGAAAAUUACGCUUGAAGAAGGUAAACAGGACCCUGUGGCGUACAGAAUAAGGUUCAAACCUCAUCACCGAACUGGCAACAAGUGGUGUGUCUACCCUACUUAUGACUACACUCACUGCUUAUGUGAUAGCAUUGAACAUAUUACCCACUCAUUAUGUACCAAGGAAUUCCAAUCUAGAAGGUCAUCGUACUAUUGGUUAUGUAAUGCUCUCGGAAUUUACUGUCCAGUACAAUGGGAAUAUGGCCGUCUAAAUGUAAACUAUACUGUAGUGUCAAAGAGGAAAAUAUCAAAAUUAAUUGAUGAGGGAAUUGUCAAAGAUUGGGAUGAUCCUCGGCUAUACACUCUGACGGCACUGCGUCGGCGCGGUGUGCCGGCUACUGCCAUCAACGCGUUCUGUGCUUCACUGGGCGUCACGGGCGCGCUCGCAGCCGUCGAUCCCGCCGCGCUCGACGCUGCUACUAGGGACCUGCUCAACGUAACUGCGCCUAGGGUUAUGGUAAUUUUAGAACCAUUAAAAAUUAAGAUUACUAACUUCCCUAGUAAUGAGCCUAUUACUGUAAAUGUUCCUGAUUUCCCCAAUGAACCAGAGAAAGGGUCUCAUAAAGUAGCUUUCAGUAAAAUAGUAUAUAUCGAAGCUAAUGAUUUCAAAGAGAACCCGGAAAAAGGAUACCGUCGCCUCACACCUACACAAUCUGUGGGGCUCAGACAUGCUGGUUAUAUAUUAAAGGUGUCAAAUCUAAUCAAAAAUGAGUCAGGAAAAUUGAUCGAAAUAGAAUGUACAGCAGAGACCACUGAAACUGCGGAGAAACCGAAAGCAUUCAUUCAUUGGGUUUCUGAGCCUAUCAGUGUCGAAGUGCGGCUGUAUGAACCCUUGUUUAGACAUAAAAAUCCAGAAGAUCCCAAUGAAGUGCCUGGCGGUUUCAUCUCUGAUUGCCGUGAGGAUACACUAACAGUGGUUGAAGCUUACGCUGAUGUAUCUAUCAAAGGUGCGAAGAUCUACGACAAGUUUCAGUUUGAGAGGAUUGGUUUCUUCUCUGUUGAUUCUGAUACUUCAUCAAACAAUAUGGUCUUUAAUAGAACUGUUUCACUCAAGGAAGAUACAGGAAAAUAAAAUAUAUUUAUGGUUAUUAAUAUUUUGUAUUAUUUGUAUUAAAU